ACUGCGUUUAAAAUGUAAUAUUGUGUGUAGUUUCACUCUUUUCUUUAAAACUAAACACUUCAAAUAAGUUAAAUCUGCAAUUCGAAGAUGCUUAUAAAAAAGUUGAAUCGGCUUUCAGUGAUACUACUCCAGAUAAUAUAGGUGAUCUUUAAAGAGGAAAAAAAACUGGUCAUGAAUCUUAGCACAAAGAAAAAAAAACUUGCUGGAGAUAGGGCUUUAAGUUGAAUAAAGUUAUUCAUUUGUUUAAUGUAGGAUGUGAGAAAAUAAUUUAAAAAAAAAAUCUUUCUUUUCUAAGAUACUGCAGAAACUGCUGGGACAAAAUGACAAAGAAAAAUGCGCCUUUAGUGGGAGAGGAUUCCAAGAUGCCGGGGAAACGCAGUGCAAAAAACCCGGUGCCAGAAGAAGAGUCUCCUGAGAGGAAGAAGGUUAAAGUCAGCCACCCAUCACACUGCUCACAGCCUGGGCUGGUGCUGACACUGGGCCAGGGUAAUGUCGGCCAGCUGGGCCUGGGUGAGGACAUCAUGGAGAGGAAGAAGCCAGCUCUGGUCACGCUGCCGGAGAUGGUGGUGCAGGUGGAAGCUGGAGGGAUGCACACGGUGUGCCUCAGCCAGACAGGAAAGAUCUACACCUUUGGCUGCAACGAUGAAGGUGCCCUGGGACGUGACACCUCGGCUGAAGGGUCUGAGACCUCUCCAGGGCCGGUGGAGCUACAGGAGAAGGUGGUGCAGGUGUCAGCAGGGGACAGCCACACGGCCGCGCUGACUGAGGAUGGCAGGGUCUUUGUCUGGGGCUCCUUCCGGGAUAACAAUGGAGUGAUUGGCUUGCUGGAGCCCAUGAAGACAAGCUCCAUUCCUCUGUUGCUCCAGCUCGAGGCACCUGUUGUAAAAAUAGUUUCAGGGAAUGACCACUUGGUGAUGCUGACAGUGGACGGCGACCUGUUCACGUGCGGCUGCGGCGAACAGGGCCAGCUGGGCAGAGUGCCAGCAUUCUUUGCCAACCGAGGAGGACGAAAAGGGCUGCAGCGGCUGCUGGUACCCCAGCUUGUCCCUGUCAGAGGCAAAGGGAGAAGAGGCAAAAUGCGCUUCCAGGACGCUUUCUGUGGGGCGUAUUUCACCUUCGCCGUCACGCGUGAGGGACACAUCUAUGGAUUUGGCCUCUCCAACUACCACCAGCUGGGGACCCAGGACACCGAGCCCUGCUUCUCCCCGCAGAACCUCACGUGCUUCAAGAACUCCACCAAGUCUUGGGUUGGGUUCUCUGGCGGGCAGCACCACACAGUCUGCGUAGACUCCGAGGGUAAAGCCUACAGCCUGGGCAGGGCGGAGUAUGGCCGGCUGGGCCUUGGGACAGGGGCAGAGGAGAAGAGUACACCCACCGUUAUCCCGGAGCUCCCCAGCAUCACCUCGGUGGCCUGCGGAGCGUCAGUCGGUUAUGCUGUCAGCACUGAUGGACGAGCGUUUGCCUGGGGAAUGGGCACUAACUACCAGCUGGGCACUGGGGAGGAGGAUGAUGUCUGGAGCCCCGUGGAGAUGACGGGGAAGCAGCUGGAGAACCGGCGGGUACUGGCUGUGUCCAGCGGUGGGCAGCACACCGUGCUGCUGGUCAGUGACAAGGAGCAGAGCUGAUGAAGCCACGCCGCAGCCAAGCCCAGCAGGAUCACAGCAUCCCCAGACCCCCCACAACUUCUGCCUGGCUUGGGAGCCGAUUUCCUGGGGAGGGCAGGAGGCUCGUGGAGCUGGGCCCAGCAGCACAUGCGUGGCUGGAACAGGGGUGCCCAUGGGUUCUCCCUGCAAGCGUUUGUCUGUUUUCCUGUGGUUCUGGGUGCUCUGUCGGCUCCCCGGGUCAGCUUGGUCCUAAACUGAUCCCAGUUCUGUGCCUGGAUGGAUUUCCACUUCUUGUCUGGUUUUUUAACAUUUCCCGGCCCAGCAAAGCCAAGGGUCUUGUUCUUCACUCUGCAAUCAGGUUUGGGUAUCAGUCUCCCUGAGGUCCCACUGUUCCCCAGACGUGGAUGCUCCUCCACCCCCUUGACCUAAGUAUCUUACACCUCUCUGGCCUGGAUUUGUCUGCUGCCGCCCCCCCAAACCCCUCUGAGCCCAUUCCAAGGGCAUCUCAGUCCAACGGGAAUGUUCCCAGGGAGCUCUAUCUAAUCCAGAACUUGUGGCUGCUGCGGGGAUAUUCUGCCUGAUGAGGAAGAAUGCUGCUGGUUGAUGCCUAGCACACUGUGACUGCUGGAAAAGGGAAGGGAGGCUCCUGCCUCCCAUCCAUCAAGUAUCUUAGCUGACCCCCCUCCCCCCAGGCAGUGAGGCCAGGAGCAGGUUCCUCACUCCCCAUGGCCUGGAGCAGCCAUCUCCAGCACUGCUUUUUGCAGUCCUGGACAAUCCUUCUUUCCCAUUGCCUUUGGAAACCCAACCAAAUCCAUCCCACGGGUGGGAACACUGUUACUUUAAUUUUUUUCUCUUUCGCUUGCUGAGGAAGGAGCUUCAUUUGCUGUUAGGGCCUUGCUGAGCAGACAAAGACCUCAGCUAUGCAUGGAGUCGCUGGAAACAACAGGACAACUCCUCCCCGUCGCCUCCCUGAUCCAACUGGUCUUGCUUCCUGCGCCCAGCCUGCCCCAUCCUCUCCUUACAGGAGGUGCCUUCCAGGUGCCUGGAGUGAGGAGGGGUCUGUGAAGAGCUAAAUUAUAGCAAUAGGAGGUGGGGGUUGUGGCUGCGGAGGGGGGGGGUCUGGGAUUGUACAAUGGUUCAGAAGGGGUUGGAUUUUUUAAAAAAGAAAAUGUAUUUUGGUUGAUAAAUCAAGGCAGAAAGGACAGAAAACUCAUCUUUUAACAUUUGGAAUAAACUGAGUUUUGAUAAA